GUGGUGGGCGGCCCGCUGCACGCCAGGCCAGUGACUGAAGGCGUGAACACUAGCGUGGUGAGUAAGCUGGUGGUGAGUGGUGGGCGGGACGCUGCAGCCCAGGCUAGUGCCAGUGUGUGCCGGUGACUCAAGGCGUGAACACUAGCGUGGUGAGUAAGCUGGUGGUGAGUGGUGGGCGGGACGCUGCAGCCUGCACCCCAGGCCAGUGUGUGCCGGUGACUCAAGGCGUGAACACGGCGGCCACACGGCGCGGUGACUGAGUAAGCUGAGCUCCACCCCGAGUGUGUGGCCUGCCAUGCCCCGCCUGCCGCCGCUGCCCUCGGCGGGGGAGCUGCUGCGGCUGUACCGGCUGCGGGCCCUCAAGAGGCUGAGCCAGAACUUCCUGCUGGACCCCAGGCUGUGCAGCAAGCUGGUGCGCGCCGCGGGGCAGCUGCGUGGCACGCAUGUGGUGGAGGUGGGCCCUGGCCCUGGCAACCUGACGCGGGCCGUGCUGGAGCAGGGCGCGGCGCGCGUCACGGCGGUGGAGAAGGACGCCAGGUUUCUGCCGGCCCUGCAGGCGCUGCAGGAAGUAUCCGGGGGGGCCCUGGAGGUGUGUCUGGGAGACGCCAGGACCUUCAACAUGGAGCGCGUCUUCCCGGCCUGUGACGGCCCCUGGGAGGGCCGGCCGCCCAACACACACAUCAUCGGCAACCUGCCGUUCAGCGUGGCCACGCCCCUCACUGUGCGCUGGCUGGAGGACAUUAGCCUGCGCAGGAACGCCUGGGCGGCCGGCCGCACACGCCUCACGCUGACCUAUCAGCUAGAGGUGGCCCAGCGCAUGGCAGCCCGGCCCGGCCAUGCCCAGCGGUGUCGCCUGUCCCUCAUGUGCCAGAACUGGUGCCACGUCAAGCACUGCUUCACCAUCCCUGGCCGCGCCUUUGUGCCUCCGCCGGACGUCAGUGUAGGGGUGGUGCACCUCACCCCUCGUGCGGCUCCCCCCGUGCCCCUCCCCUUCCCCCUGGUGGAGAAGGUGGCGCGUUGCCUCUUCGCCUUCCGCCAGAAGUACUGCAGCCGGGGUGCUGGCACACUCUUCCCCACCAGGGUGAGGGACAGCCUGGCGGACAAACUCUUCAAGGUGGCUGACGUGGACCCCAUGCUGCGGCCGUUCCAGCUCACCAUGGCAGAGUUUGGCCGCCUCUGCCACACCUACAAUGCCAUCCUGGACAGACACCCAACCCUGGCCAAGUACAACCACCGCGACCCGGCCACUGAGGUCGACGAGGACUGGGAUGACAUCAUACCUCCUCCACCUCCUGCUGCUGCUGCUGCGGCCACUGUUUCUUCCUCUCCCUGAGCCAUCUUCCUUGUAGCUGUCAGAGGAUGUUGGCCUUUGUCUGGUCCCUCAUCCUUGGCUCUUCCUCAACACCACAUGAAGUGUUAUGCAGUUGUGUAUAGCUUUAGAAUUAUAUUCUUUGUUAUUUA